AUGGCUACCGUCGUCGAGUCGUCACGCAGCUCGACAUCCGUUCCAAGGAACAAUACCAACAGCGGGAGUUUCAGCGGCCCUAAAAACGAUCUCGAAGCACAACAGACUACAGCUUGCUCGGAAGAAACAAGUCAAUCUUCGAGUUUGCGAGAUAUUAGCGGAGAUAGUGGUCUACAGGACAACUCCAAUGUGCCCCAUCUCUCUCUACUGCGGCUAUUCUGGUUCUUCUUCUACAACUUUGGACUAUUUGCCUGGGGGGGCCCUGUAGCACAGAUCUCCCUCAUCAAGGAACACUUGGUGCUUAAAGAAAAAUGGAUCACACUCCCGCGCUUCCAACGCGUCUUUGCUGUCUACCAGAUCCUGCCAGGCCCGGAGGCAGCAGAGCUAUGCAUGUUCUUCGGGUGUCUCUCCGCUGGUCGCUUGGGUGGGAUUGUCGCCGGACUCGGUUUUAUUUUGCCCGGAUUUCUUCUUAUGCUUCUUGCGUCUUAUCUUUAUUCUCUGGCAGGGCUAGAGAAUAUUUACUUUAAUGCUUCCUUCCGGGCUAUCCAACCGAUAGUCUCUGCGAUGAUCCUUCGAGCCACACACAAGAUCGCAGACCACUCCGUGGUCGACCACAGUACUCAUAAAAUAAAUCCAUAUCUCGUCAUUGCUGGCCUCUCAACAUUAAACGAGCAUAGCUUCAUUUCCCUCGGUCUCUACGGUGUGAUAUAUAGCUUUAUAUCCCGCGGCAAACGAAUCAUCGCCAUAUGCCUCUUCAUCCUCCAGUACGUCGUAUACACGAUCUACGUGGUUUUCCGAGGUGUCCCAUCACCUGUUUCCCUCGCGCUCGGAAUAGCCAAGACCCCGUUCCUUCCCAAUUUAUUCGCACUUGGACUGGUAGCCGGAAGCCUCUCUUUUGGUGGUGCAUACACCGCCAUACCUUUCAUGCAGGUCGAAGCCGUUCUGAAGGGUGGGUGGCUUCCCGCGCGCAUUUUCCUGGAUGGCAUCGCCAUUGGGAAUAUUCUCCCCGCCCCGCUCGUGAUCUUUGCAACUUUUGUCGGUUUUCAGGGCGGUUUGGCAGAUGGCAACCUUGGGACAGCUCUUGCCGGCGCAGUGGUUAUUACUAUAGGCAUGUUCUUCCCCUGCUUUCUCUUUACGAUUGCUGGGCAUGAUCUGCUGGAGAAACUUGUACGGAAUGAGUUCCUUUCGGCCUUCUUUGACGGACUUUGCGGUGCUGUCAUCGGCGUGAUCGCUAUUAUAGCGCUGCAGACGUUACGCUCAAGCCUUGAAGUCUCUGACUCAAUGACAACAGCUGCUUUGACGCAAAACGUCAUAAACGCUGAGAGUGCCGCCUCCGCUUCUGUACUCUACGUCCUUGCGCUGGCUGUACUCUACAAAUUCACCAACAAGUAUACACCAUUGCUUCUUGUUGCUGUCGGUGCUAUUGCAGGACAGUUUCUGUUUGUUUGA